CUGUGCAUUUUCUUUUCCGUUUCCGUUUUCUUAAGCGGUCCGCCGAGAGUUGCCAAGCCCUAGCGGCUGGGUUACUGUAGGUUGCCGCUGGCGUAGGAGUCGCUGGGGUCCCACCUUGUUUGGAGAAGGGGUCAGGGUUGCGGACAGUCCUGAAGUGGAAGAGAGGGAAGUAAAAACUGACAGUGAGGAUUACUAUUUGGAUUAUUUCAAGAUGAGCUUCCUGUUGCCCAAGCUAACUAGCAAAAAAGAAGUAGACCAAGCAAUAAAAAGUACUGCAGAGAAGGUGUUGGUCCUCAGGUUUGGGAGAGACGAGGAUCCUGUCUGUCUGCAGCUAGAUGAUAUACUUUCUAAGACCUCUUCUGGCCUGAGUAAAAUGGCUGCCAUAUAUCUGGUAGAUGUGGACCGAACUCCCGUUUACACGCACUAUUUUGACAUCAGUUAUAUUCCAUCUACUGUGUUUUUCUUCAAUGGGCAGCAUAUGAAAGUGGAUUACGGCAGCCAUCCUAGGACCACGAGGACCAGCCCUGGGAUGAAAAGUGAACGUGCGGAGAAGAACAAUAAAAAGACCCUGGGUCCCUGAUGUUUUGAGCCUCUGCGUGAGCUCUAGACCUGCCUCCUUCCAGACCCCUGUGAAAGAAUAAAACAUCUUCAUUGCCUCUCACUGUUCGUUGGACUUUCUGUCAGAGCCUGAGUCACACGGUAUUGACAUGGGGUAAGUGCGCAGAUAUCAGCAAAAACUCAGAACUUGCAUGCAUAAAGUUCUCCUGUCUCCUCUCCUCCCGAGGUCUUCAGGGAAUGUUUCUCUGAAGUCCCGAUUUGUGUUCUUGUUCCUACCUUAGUUGCUUUCCAUUCCGCAAGUCUUGAUGAGUUCAUACUGGAUGCCCUGCCCAGUGCCCGAUGCUCCAUAAAUACAGAUGACUCCUGAGCGGGAAGAGGCUUCUCACAGGAGACAAGGCCUGCAUCUCCAGGGGGGGCAGGAGGUGCUUGUGUGGAAGGGGGGAGUCGUUUCCCAGGAGAGGACGCCAGGAGGAAGAAGGCCCAAUGCUGGAGGCAGCAGAACGUGUGCAGAGAGCUACGGGGAGUUCAGGGUCACUGAAACCUGAAGGCUAGCCCAGGAGGGCAGGAGGUGCUGCUGGGGAGGAAGCCAGAGAAGAUAAGUGAAUUGAGAAAAUGCCAAAGGCUUCUCCUUAGUAUUUUCGUCCUGAACAAUGGCCAGAAGCCACUUAAUGCAAGCAGAUAAUUCUUCAAGAAAAGAGUGGUUUUUUUCUUCAAGAAAACCUAGUGCUGAAGUAGUACCAGAAGAAAAAGACGUAACUGUAUUCUGAGAGGCAUUUUGUUUAUGUGUGUGUAGCAAAUUUCCGUUUCUGGCUCUUCUCUCUUUCACAGGUUUUAGAAUAGAGAUGUAAGAGCUCCACUGGUCCACCAGCUCUAAGGGGUUGAAAAGUGUUGAUGGAUCGGGAGCAUGUGUUUGAGGACAGCUCCACAGUGCAGGGCAGGCCCUGGUGUGAAAACACUGACAUCAGGGGGCAUUUUACAGCAGUGAGAAGGAGAGGCCCUAUCUUCAUGUGACAAGAGGUGUCUUGAUGAAAGGUCAGUGUGCUGAAGGCUUAACUAGCUGGAAAGAGUGGAAGAAGUUAGAAGAGCCUCCUGCUUACAAGGGUUCUGAAACUGUUCUUCUGGGAGACCCUUAAUAGCAAGAGCCUGUCUUUGUGAAAGGGAAGACUCAGGUGGCUUGCACUUGGCUCCUGGUAAAGGAUAGGUUUCUUCCAUCCGGGGAAAGCCUACCCUUACCCUAUUGAGGAAGAGACCUGUAACUCUUUACCGAGUUCCAGAAUGUUGGGAGGGACGUUAGAGAUGAUCCGGUUCGAGCCGCUCGGGAAGGAAAGCGGGAACUGAAGGCUUUUGGCAGACAGACGGCCACGCUGCGAUCUGGACCCAGCAAGUCCAUAACUGCUGCCUUUCCCCCAUCUUACUUUGUUUUCUGAAGUGCCGCUGUGUGGGAGCACAACUAGUAAGAUUCUGCCUGCGGCAGAACCCUCGUCUUUGUCCCACGUUGAGCUGGCCUCUUCUUCAUCAGCCCACACGCUCCCCUCGCUCAGUGCCCAGAAGCAAGAGCGUGCGGGGCAGAGAGCCGAGUUUCCUAUUCAGACCGGCCUGGGUUCGCGGUGAGUUCAGCCGCACUGCUUACCCGCUGUGUAGCCUUAAGCAAAUCACUUGCCUUCUCCAAGUCUGUUUCCUUGUCUCUGAGGGUCUUUCGCUGAGGGUGACCCCAGCACGGGACAGUUCUGUGUCGCCUUAGGGGUUUCUAGUUGGCUUGGGCUGGUUUCUGCCACACUCCCAGUAUAUACCACUCUACUACUUAGCUGUUGCUGUACCAUAAAUGAGAGAAUAAAAACAGCACAGAAGUGACUCAAAAGAAAGCUCUUUAUUGGCUCAGCACCGCCUCACACCGUGUUUUCUCCCCUCCACUGCCAUCUGCUUUCCCCUCUUCCAGAGUGAGUUCUGGCCCUCGGGCAAGCACUGCCAGCCGGCCAGCAUUAGCUACCCGCCAUGGUUUCCUGAACCCAGGCCAGAACGGAGGGCACCUUCACGUAGACGCCGUACUCGGCCACAGUACAGCUCUUGUCAAAGCUCAGGAUUCCGGCCGCGUACCACGUGUCCUCGUCCUGGUCGUGAACAGCAAAGGCACUGCCAGCAUCACCGUAGCAGGUGUCUUCCUGAAACUUGGAGAAGCCGGCGCAGAAGGUGUGCUCGUUCAGUAUGGGCUGCACCCCCACGGGGCUCUUGGGUGACUUCUUCUCGGGCACUGUGCUGCCUUCGUAGUGCUGUACACAUUUGUCCUGAUCAGCCACCGGCAGCAUGACAUACUUGAGUAGCUCAGUAUAAUUCAAGUUGGAAUUCCGCCCCCAGCCAGACACAUAGCCCAUGCGCCCCACUUCUGUGUAAUCUUUGGAAGGUAGACAGAUGGGCAUUACCCUCUCAUCAAUGGGCACCUUCUGCUUGAGUUUGAUGAGCCCGAUAUCGACAUUGGAGUAGUCAGGGUGGAGAACCACCUUUUCAAUCUCCACAAGCUGAUUUUUCCCCACAUAGAGUGUUAAAGUAGGGGCAAUGUCCUUUGCUUUUGCAUCAUCCGUGUGGCCCAGGAAGAGAUUUUUAGCUGUGGUCAACAGCCAUUGUUCGUUGAUCAGGGUGGCCCCCGAGGUGAGGUUAUGGUUGGAGACCAUCUUGGCCUGCCAGGGAAAGCUGCCUUUGGCAUCCACGGAUCCACCCACGAUGCGCUGCACCUGAUCCACCGGGUUCUUGGGCUUCCCGCAUACUGUCAAGGAGAGCAAGAAAGUCAUGAGCAGGAAUGUGAGUCUCCCGGUGUGCGAAAGGGGGACAGCGGUGGUGGUUGCUGCUGUCUGAACUGUCGUGUUAAUUUCUGCACAGCUAGAAAUAUUGACAUGCCUUGCCUUUACCACCUGCUCCUCUCAUUUCCAUUGUUUACAGUUUAAAAUGGUUCUUUUUUAUAAAGUUGUGUACAUCACUAAGACACAGUUCUAGUUCCUGCUUUUCUAGCUCACACACACACAAAAGAAGUAUUGCUGAGAUUUUCAAACCCUGGCUGAUGAACUGUAUGUAUAUUUAAAUCAUUUAUCACAAAAAGCCACAUCCACAACUCCCUGAAAUUCAUUGUGAGGAUGAGAAGCUAUAAUAAUUCAUCCUCUGAAUAAAGAGUGAUCUGUUGCAGCAUUGGCCAGAACUCAGAUUUUAGAUAUUGCAGUUAAUACAAGGCAGGUUAGUAGUUCUGCACUGCUAUUGGCAGAAGAGGGCAGGCAAAAUCCUCUGGUCCCAGGAGGGACACGGAAAGAGCAACAUCUCUUCCUAAUAACAAGAAACAGAAGUCCUAACCCCUCUCCAGCCUGCGUCACACUUCCAUGGAUUUGGUUUUGUUCUGUCCUCCCACAACUCGUUCUUCCUGGAGCUUGCUUUACACUUGAUCCUGGGCUCCCUGGGCAGCCUGUGUGUACAUAUAGGGCCUCCUGACCCUAGAGGGCAGUGUAGACCGUGGAUUCAGCCAAUAUCCUGAAGGUCUAAAUGAGCAAGAUCCUUAGUGAACUUUACUGGGAGUGUCCUCACCUAAAAGUUCACUUAUCAGCCUGACCCUUUGUGGCUCUCCCUCGUCCCCCGUCUUGGCUCUCAUAUGCUCAGAGGAAACCAGUCGGGAAGGAUAUGCCUCUGGGACGUUUUGAUCCAGAUGCCUGCCCAUGCAGGACACUCUCAAUCAACACCUCCCCUUGGUCUGCUUCCCAAGACCCCUGGCUUCCUACCUGCUUCACAUUCAGGCAGCUUCUCUCCAAUGAUCUUGUUUGUCCAGUGCUUCUCACUGUUCAAGGUGUACAGUCCUGAAACAAAAGGAAAGAAGUGAGUCAGAAGAGAAAUUGAGUCUGGACCUAGCAUGAGGAGGGAAGGUGUUUAAAGGUGAUUAAAGAAAGGAGAAGGAAGGGGCAGGGGAGAGGAGGAAGGGAGGAGCAUUGUGCUGGAAGCCAAGUGCUGGGGCGCCGGUGAAGCCCCGCAGGACAGAUGUGUGGUGGCGGCGACGCAGUACAGUAUAGGAAUUGGGGUUCAAAUUCUGACUCUCCCUCUUACCGGCCACCUGAACUUGAGCAAGUUACUCAACCUCUCUGUGCCUGCGCUUCCUCAUCAGCACAAUGAGAAUAGUAAUAAGAUCUCUUCAGGGGGCUGUCGUGAGAACUCUGAGCAAAUACAUGUGAAGCACUUAGCGCAGGGAGCACGAUACUAGGUCAGGGCCACCUGUCGUCAUCACUGGUGCCACCCUUGGUUCUUUUACCACAUCUCCUUUGGGAUGAAUAGGCUACAUGGCAUUACCUCCCCUUAGUAAAGGGGCAAACUUGAGGCUAAGAUAAUUUGCCCAAAAGGCCACAGUUACUGGUGACAAAACCCUUAUUAGAAUCUACCUCUUCUGGUUCCAAGGAGAACAUGUCAGUUUUCUGGCCCCUCACCCUUGGCCCCGGUCAUCAUGGAAAGACCCAGGGGCGGGGGGGGGGGGGGGGGUGCUGUGCGCAGGGACACUUGUCCAGGUCUUACCGUCUCCUUCAGUGCGCAGUCUGUAGAAGGGCUUACACUGGUAACGAACCAAGUGCUCCACGUAGCCAUUUUCAAUCUCUGGGGGCUUUGGGACACUGACCUCUGCAAAGAAAAAUCAUAGGAGGAGGAGGUUGGUACUCAGAGACUGAUGCCAGAGACCCGUGAGAAGUCCGUUGAGAAGAAGAUGCUGUGCACAUCAGCCACCCUCCACCUCAAAUGGAAGCCAAAGGGAAGGCCAUCCCCCCUCUAUCCUGGCUGGCUCCCCAGUGUGCUUCACUGGACUGAAACACCAGAGAUUAGGACGAGAAGGAGGAACUGGCUCUUCCCAAAGAGAGGGUGCAGAUCUGAUAGGGUCAAAAGGAGGCACAGCAGUGCUGGGACAUGAGACUCCCACACAAACCCAGACACCUACCUGCAUGAUCUGUGGCCUCACUGUCAGUGCUCACUGCGAAAAGCUGCCCGCAAAGCAGGAGGGCAAUGACAGCUCCCAGGGCUCUGCGAGAGAGGACAAGAAGGGCUGCACGACAGGUUUCCCCGCCUCACGCGCGCACAUGCGCACCCACACCCCUCCUGUCAGGCCGCCAGAGAAGAAGCUUCGUGGAAGUGCUGACACCAAGAAGGGGCCUGCCACCAUCAUCCACACACCCACUCGGUGGGGCAGCUUCCCAGUACACCCAGGUUCCCGCGUGCUCUGCGCCGCUCGGAAUUCUACGUGGGCUUCCGAGAGGAACCACCGAGAUAGGAAGGCACAUAGAUCUGUGGGCCUCAGUUUCUGGCACCGUUUAGGAAACAUUAAAUUGCCAAUAAUAUGUGAGCUCCCCUGCAAAAAGCCUCCCUCAGGCACCCCUAAGGUCCUGGGCUACAGGGUGCUGCUAAUAAAAUGUGGAUGACCUGAAGAUGGAAAACAGGGGUUUCCUAGGCUAUUCUCUCUACUUUUUAAAUUUUUCCAUGAUAAGAUGUUUUAAGUAUACAGAAUUUAAAACACAUACAUGGUUUUCCUACUAUUUUUUUUGUCUUCAGGAAACCCCCAAAAUGCCAAAAAAGGUUCCCAGGCAGAUAACCGGCUUCCUGAAAGCCUGACUGUGGACUCGGGCAUCAGUGGCCAGGCCCACUCACCACUUCCCCGUCUUGCUGACCGAGGCCAGCUCUACAGAGCUUGCUUGGCUAUGCCAAGUUUGUAGUCUUGAGAUUUCAACAUUUCAAAAAAAAAUUUUUUGUUAUUUUGAUAAAAUCUCAGUGCCUUCAUUGGGUCAUUUAUAUGUGUUAGUUACUGUUGGUCCUAUACAUUUUUUAAAAAUGAAAACAUCUGCUAAUGAACAUAUUUAAAUUGCCAGAAAGCCUACCAUGGGGGCCACUGACAGGCAUCCCCCGCAAAGAUGAAAACUGUAACCCCAAGGAAAGAGCCAUCCCGUAGAGUAAGUCACGUUCUCACGGAUGCAGAAAAGCAGAAGAUUUAACACACGAAACCUCUUAAUUCGCUAUGAUUUAACUCAUCUGCCCUAUCUCUUUGGGUUUGUUUUGCAUCUCUCCUUUGGUUUCUCCCAUAACUGGGCUGUCCCAGGGGUAAAGGAUGUACACAGAGAAGGUUGAAGUAAGCUAGGGAAAGGGGGAGAAGCAGCAGAGCUGCAGGCUCACCUCAUCUUCGGUUUGUCCUGGCUUUGGAAGAGAAGUACUGUGGGGGCCUCCUGCUGAUGCUUUUAUGUCCGCAGUAUCUCACUCCACCCCCUCCUCAAUUUUGUAAUUCCUGUGUCUACACAACUUUGACCUUGUUAAUAAGGUCAUCGCAUUUUCCAGUAACAGAGCCACAAACAGCAUCCCUGUUAAGAGUUGAGCUCUUGCUUCACACUUGAGUUUCCCCUGGUGUUUCUCUAUAAACCCCAUAGAAGCCUGGCCACACUAUGACCCCAUGUGGCUGCCAAAGGGUUUCCCGAAAUCAGCCACUGUGCGCAGGACUGGGGGAGGAGGUGUCAAUCUGUGUCUCUUUGUUUUGGAGCGUUUUCAGUGCCGAAAAAGCCCUUGUGUGCGUUAUCUGAAACCCACUUAUGGACGCUGCUGCAACCUGGCUGAGACAGGGUUCUAAAGAAAGCAUUUCCUUUUCACAGUCAUUUUCCACCCCCAGUGUUGACAUCGCCCUAUUGCUUAAAAGUUCUCCAACCUGAAAUCAGUAAAAUGUAUUUAUUGUGUCUUCUUUGAUAGCUCUUGGCAAAAAAUCACACAAAAUGGUUAAAGCUAUAGUGUAGGCUGACGCAGACCAUACUCCACGACAGUGGUUCUCAUGGUAUUAUAGUCCUGUAAUUAUUUUUUUAAGAUUUAUUUAUUUAUUUGAGGGGGGAGGGGCAGAGGAAGAGAGUCUCAAGCAAACUUCUUGCUGAUUGCAGAGCCCAUCAUGGGGCUCGAUCUCAGAACCCUGAGGUCACGACCUGAACCGAAACCAUGGGUCAGGCGCUCAACCAACUGCACCACCCGGGUGCCCCAAAUGUAGUCCAGUAAUUAAUCCAAAUAGCAGUUGGGAAAAAUCAAUACACUUCAGUCGAAUGUCUCCACCUCUAUAUCUCAAGUAUUAUUCAGUUGAUAUUUAAUAGCAACUCAAUAAAAUAUUGCUCUGUUCAUUAAACAAAAGGUCAGUGAUUCUUAGGUUAGAAUGUACAAAAGAAUCACUUUGGGGUAUUCAUGGUGGCACUGAUGUAAUAGCAAGACAACUGGAAAUAGCACAAAUGUCCAUCAAUAAGGGAUUGGCUACAGACAAGCAAAAAGCAGAAUCAGACCUAUAAAUACUGAGAACAAGCUGAUGGCUCCCAGAGGGAAAUGGCUGAGGUGGGGGGAGCGGGGGAGAUGGGCAAAUGGGUGAAAGGCAGUAGGAGAUAGAGCUUCCAGUAUGGAAAGAAUAAGUCAUGGGAAUAAAAGGCACAGCAUAGGGAAUAGAGUCAAGGAUAUGGUACUAGCGUCAUAUGGGGACAGAUGGCAGCUACCCUUGGGGUGAGCACAGCAGAACCCAUGGAGAUGGUGAAUCACUAUGGUGUCCACCUGAAACUAAUGUAACAUUGUGUGUCAACUACACUCAAAUAAAAUUUUUAAUAGGGGAACGGCUAAAUAACAUGGUGUAUUUGUAUAAUGGAAUACAGAACUUCCUCAGCUUAUAAUGGGGCUGCAUCCUGACAAACCAGCUUAAGUUGAAAAUACUGUAGGUCAGAAAUUCAUUUAAUACACCUAACCUGCCAAACAUCAUAGUUUACCCUGGCCUACCUUAAAUGUGCUCAGAACAGGGGCGCCUGGGUGGCUCAGUUGGUUGGGUGACUGCCUUCGGCUCAGGUCAUGAUCCUGGAGUCCCGGGAUCGAGUCCCGCAUCGGGCUCCCUGCUCGGCGGGGAGUCUGCUUCUCCCUCUGACCCUCCCCCCUCUCAUGCUCUCUCUCUCUAUCUCAUUCUCUCUCUCAAAUAAAUAAAUAAAAUCUUAAAAAUAAAUAAAUAAAUAAAUAAAUGUGCUCAGAACAAUUACGUUAGCCUACAGUUGGGCAAAAUCAUCUCACACAAAGUCUAUUUUAUAAUGAAGUGCUGAAUAUCUCAUGUAAUUUAUUGAAUACUAUCCUGAAAAUAAAAAAUAAACUGGUUAUAUGGGUAAAGAAUGGUUAUUAAGGGGCGCCUGAGUGGCUCAGUCAUUAAGCGUCUGCCUUCGGCUCAGGUCAUGGUCCCAGGGUCCUGGGAUCGAGCCCCGCAUCGGGCUCCCUGCUCCGUGGGAGGCCUGCUUCUCCCCCUCUGCUGUCUCGCUGUGUCUCUCUCUGUCAAUAAAUAAAUAAAAUCUUUAAAAAAAA